UUGUAACGAACCUACUACAUGUGAAAUGGCAAUCCCUUAAGUAUAAGACUGGAGUAGGUAGUAUGUAGUGAUGUCAAUUCGUUCAUCAUUUCCACAGCGACACAGCCCGUUCCCUCAACUAGUCCAAUCCUUCGUUGUUAUAUUCAGCGACGUCUACACCACGCACGACGACAGACUCGAACCGGAAACGGUCCUCGCACCCGUGAUUUGGGACAGAAGGAACCCCAGCCGUACCGAGAUAAGCUUGCAGCAUGCGGCUAUGCCAUCUGCCGGCGUCCGUUGGCUUAAGCGGCGAACAUGAUAUCCUCUUCGCAGCGCACAGCAGCAUGUAGUACGACACUGCAGCGCGCGGCGAGCCAGUCCGAAAACCGGCUUGAAAAGCACGCCAUAUCUGGACAAAAGGUAACAAAAUGGACGACGUUUUUCACUAUAAUGGGCGCUCCUGUAAGGCUGCGUCGUCUCGAGUCCGAGACAGCCAGCCCCUUGUCUCGGGGUGACAUGCUCGGGGCGCACUUGUGUCAACUAUUUGAUAUUGCUCUGCCCAGAUACUACAUUACCGUCCACUCAGAACGAAAGAAUAGGAGGAAGAGAUGGGAUACGAGUGUCCCGCUACAUGAAGCACGAAUCCUCAAAAGCGGCGUCCCAUCCAAUUCAAUCCAGUUCAUGGGCGGGGGUUGUAGUACGACAGAAGGACUUGUCCUAUGGUGUGAACGUUGUUCGGCGUCUUUUUCUCUGUUUAAAAAUCCCUUUUUGUAUAUUCAUAGCAUCUUUGGUCUUAGUCUCUAUGGCUUAUAUAUGAACUACGAGAAAAUGGGCAGAAACCUAAGGAUUUUUAAAUUGGUCUUUUCUCAUGCAUCGUCGAGAUUUUGGAUUAUUCAUGGGAACACAGCCGUCUCCUAUCGGAGAGUUGCCUGUGGUCGAUGGGACACGAAAACGGCUGUCGUACACCAUGUCGCACGGCAGUUUGAGGCUAAGAAGAGGGGAACUGAUAUAUUAGAGUCAGUAUAUGCAGAUAUUGUCUUCCUCAAUGUCAGGAAUGCUUAGACGGUCCGGCUUGGUCUGGCAUGUUCCAGUACUCUCGACCCAUCUCCUCCUAAAUAUACGUACGGAAUUGGUAGAAGAACAUUAGACUCGAAGACUAUUACCGCGCCGGCCAUGGCACCAAAGAUAGAGAUGGAUUUUGUGACAUCCACCCCUAUGUCACCAUCUGGGGAAGAUUCGGUCGAACCGACGACGAUCACGGAUACUUUUGAUAUUACCCCGUCGACUGCUGCGUUUCCGCUCUUUCUCCCCCCCUUGACUACGAUAUUUACGCCUCCAACACGUUGUCAGGGUCGAUACUACGUGACAGAGACAGAAGGAUUCGAC